AACAACCCUUACAAAAAAUCUCAGCUGUUUCCUAAAAAGACACACAGAUAUGGUAUUGUUCUGACUGUUACUGCUUUAUCCAUUUAUCAAAGGGGACGUUGCUUAGUCUGUUUCAUUUCAGUAAAUGUUCAGAGCUUUUCAGACUAUUUGUAGUACAAAGUGUAUCAUGAUGAGUAGAAUAAUCUCCCAAGAUAAAUGAAUUUAAAAGAUAAAGCAUGAUGCUUUAUGUAACUAUAAUCACACUCCAUUUAAUGGCUGGCUUUAGUGCUAUAAUUAUGUUCUUAUUUACAGAAGAGUCUACAGCUGUAGAGAAGACGAUAAGGCCUCUUAACAGACUGAAUAUUCAUUCUGCAUUCUGGAUUUUGGCAUCAAUAGCUGUGACAUACUACUUUGAUUUUUUAAAAAAUGUUAAAGAAACUAUGCAAGCAGAUAGCUGGUGGCUUUCCUGUGGCACUUGUUUAUUGGCUGCAUGUUUAUCUGUUGCCUUUUACUGCAUACUGUAUCUUGAGUGGUACUGUGGAAUUCAGGACUAUGAUGAACAGUACCCUGCACUGAUUCCGGUUGCAACAGCUACCUUUAUAGCAGCAGCAGUUUGUUUCAAUGUUGCCUUGUGGCCUGUCUGGUCAUUUUUUACACCUGUGUUGCUCUUCAUUCAGUUCAUGGGUGUUGUGAUGCUUGUGUCACUCCUGGGAUAAACUCUUCAGCUUCAUGUGAAGGAUUCGAGUAACUGUAAUCCUGCAAAGUGUAUGUCACUUUUGUUACAUUCCAGUACUUCUGUUGUUUCUAAUACUGCCUGUUUGCUCUAAUACAGUAAUUCUUAAUCUACUUGAUUUAUAAAUUGAUGGACAUAACCAUGUGAAAAAGCAACUAAUUAGUGAAUAAUUAGAAGAUAAAUAGGUUUUACAUCUCUUAGUAACAUGAGGCCUUUCAUUUUGUACAUCUUUGUAAAGCUUCUAUUUAUAUUUGAAUAUUAAGCUCAUGGGUAGUAAGUAAUAGCACCAUAGAAUAGUUAGUGUUGAAAGGGACCUUUAAAUAUUAUCUCUGGGGGCCUCAGAGGUCGUGUACUCAAACUUCCUGCUCAAAUCAUGUUGUUUGGUUUGUAAGCAAGUGAUACUUAAAUCAAGUGCUGUGGGGUUUUAAUACUAUAUUCUUUUCAUUUGAAUUGACAGGUAAAAUACUGUUAUCUGGAACCUGUGUUUGUACUUGUAAACUUACUUACAGGAGACAUCUCUUGAUCUGUUAAAUUUCUAAUGUUAUGUGUGUUACCAUGUAGGAACUACUUUAUUAUCUAAUGUCUUGAAUUCAGAUCUACUAGUGUUUAAAAAAAAGUAUGGAUAGGGGUAAGGGAAAGGUGGUUGACAUUUGGCAGUGCCAUCAAUUAAAUAAAUAAAUUCUACUUGUGCUCAUACAGUUUGUCCACAGUAAAAGGUGGAUGAUGAAGCUGUGAAUAACCAGCAAUGCUAUGAACAGUAUUAACACUACACAAGAAAUUUAGAGCACACAUUAAAUUCUUUUCAUGUAUGUUUUUCAGUAUUCAGGUUGUUUUUUCUUCUGUAAAUUAACUUUUCGUUCUUAGCAGUGCCUGUUAAUAAAGUUGCCAUUUUCCUUCCUCAGCAAUGAAGAGGCUGAUAUUAACUUAAAAGCUACUAGUUAUACUCAGUUGGGGAAAAAAGUAGCAUUUUAUUUUUAUUAGGUGUCUGUUCAUGUUGACUGACAUUCUUAACUACCUGAAGACCUGGGCACCAUCUAGUUGCUAGACCACUUUUUGUAGAUCCUUGUGUAAAUACUUUUUCACUCAUGCCUUUUGGAAAAUAGGAGAAUGUAGAAAUUGGGUAUUGAAACCUGUUAAAAUCUGCUCCUUGUGAGUGUUGCUUGAAGUCUGGACUGUCAAAAGAUACUGUGUUCUUCAUUCUGACUUCCAAAUUCACACCAUUGCUGAACACAUGGAAUAUUUAGUAAUGAAAGAGAUACAUAUCGUCUUUGGCAUUUACUGUUCCAUUAACAAAAAAGGUUGUGACCUAAUAUUAUGUAAUACAAAGGAUCAGACAAACCAAAACAAAGUGUAUUCAGCACUACUUGAAGUAGUUUGUAGGGUAAGUUAACAGCCUGAUUUGUUUAAAUGUAAUAUUUGAGUUUGCCAAAACCAGUCAUGCUUCACAUCUUUAAAGUGCAAGUUGCUUAUUUUCAGGUCUUAAUCUUUUAAGAGGUUUUAACAAUUUUAUGUCUGCAUACACAGGUACAUUUGAGUAACUUUAUUGUAAUAUUUAAAAUGCAGUAUUGCUCAGGGAUGGUUAUUAUAGCUGUAUUUUUAUUUAUCAGCUAUAUAAAUGCUCUAGGUGUUUUAAGUUGCCUUGUGAUCUGAAUUAAAAUUGCUAUUUGCUACAUGAUUUUUCAAAUUCAUUCUUCUGAACAUCUUAAUAAACUUUGUACAAAAGUGAUCAGCAGUUGUUCAGUAUUUAAUUGUUUAACUGUCUAAUUAUACUUUGCUGGAGACUUCCACGCCAUCUCAUUGGUUUUUCUAUAAAAUAGGCGUUCAUGUGGAUUUUAAAUACUGUACAUGACUCAGAGUGUUUUGGCUUUCAUGUCCCCUCAGAUGGGUUUACUGAAGGUGUAAUAACACUCUGUUCACCUCUGGAGAGCUGUUUGCCUUCUGACUGCUUUGAAGUCUUCCUGAGAAUCCCUGUAGAUAUGCUCAUUGUAUCAUUUGUG